AUGGAACUUUUCAGUAGAAAAUACAAUGUUAAAUCGUUGAUAUCGUCAAAUAAAAUUGGCAGAUCUUCGGUGAUUUAUUCGCGUUUGAGUACCCCAAUCACCGAGCAUUCGGUACAUUAUGACGACAGGACUGAUCCAGAUUUCCCGCGGCUAGCUCCACCAGCUCGAAGUCUUUAUGACAUUCCACGGGGUUAUAAUGUCCAGAGGCCACAGGAUUAUGACUUCCGAAGAGGUUUAAGACAACUACCAACGCAGUAUGCGUAUACUGUCAGUGAUCCGCGUCUGCCACAGCAGUAUACAGUUGGAUUUGCAACUACAGCACCUGUCUAUUACUAUCAACUUUCUUCCACUUUUCCAUCAUGGUCACCAGCAUAUCAUUCUUAUUUUGGUUACUAUGAUCAGAAUAGAAAUACAUAUUACCUUACAAGAUCGAAAUGGUAG